AUGUCCGACUCGGUAAUCGGUUCAGAAAAAUUUGACUCGCGAGUUGGCAGUAAUGAACGUGGCUUUUCACUUUUGAUCCUUACUCAAGAGAGGCUGGUAGAUUACUGGAUGACGAAAGAGGAAAUGAAAUACCUAAACAACGAGGCGUAUGAAUACGCCCAAGAAUUGGCCGAUUUGCCCCAACACGCGUCCCUCAACCCGAUUACUAUUGCUGUGGACCUCAAAGUUUUCACGGUUCAGCAGCAGGGUGAGAAGCUCGACGAGUGCUUGGAGAGGGCAAUCACGUCUGAGAAAAUGAUCCCAUUGUACGUGUGGCCCUUCCACACAUGUGUCGGUGAGGUAAAGCCGAUGACUGCCUUGCUCCUUCUGUUCUUGAACAACUUAAAGAGGGUUCGGGUGGAGAAUUCGGAUCAGGGGUUGAGUCUGAUGGAGAAGUGUGGUGUGUGUUCCAAGGGGGCUAAGGUUGGGGAUCAGGUCUCGUUGCUCGUCUGCAAGCACGCUUUCCACUCGCGAUGCGCGGUCUUGUGGUUGGAGGACUGCCGGUUUUGCCCGUGUUGCGAUUAUCCUGCGUACGCUUGGUAUGUCGAUCAGGGUCCGCCGUUCUACCGACACAAAUGA